CCUCUGUAAUAACAGUGAUGCAGUGGGUCUAGUCGCUGGAAAUACAAUAAAGAAACAAGCCCUUUCUAUUAGACCUGGCCCCUCUCCUGCACAGCUCCAGUCCUUUGUAAACUCCCUCCAGUCUUUCUUUUCCUGCUGUCUGUCAGGAUCAGCCAGUCUUUUUAUCUGCUGCUCACAGCUGCUGGUACUUGAUGCACAGACCCCCAGGUCCGGCUCAUUGCUACACUUGGCCAGGGUGCUGACAGAGUCUGCAGAAGUGCUGGCUGACGAAAAUGAAAAGCUAUGCCUUUAUUUUGCACCUGCUCUGUGUCGAUCUCCACGCUGCGCUGGCGCUGCCGAAGUGGUGUCCCCAUCCGUGUUUUUGCAGCAAGGGGACAAUCGACUGCAGCAGCCGGAGCCUGACGGCGGAGACCCUGCCCGCGGGCUUCCCCGUCAACGCUUUGGAGCUUCGACUCAACGACAACAAGCUCACCAGCGUCCCCAGCGGCCUCUUCGACCGGCUGGGCAAGCUCAGGGCGGUCUCCCUGGACGGGAACCCAUGGUCCUGUGACUGCGAGAUCCUGUACCUGCGCGCCUGGCUAAUGAAACAGGAGAACCGCACGCUGUACAAGACCGUGGCGUGCAAUUCCCCAGACAGCCUGAAGGGGCGCCUGGUGAUGUACUUGGCAGAGGACGAGGUGCAGUCCACCUGUCAGUACGGGUACUGUAACGUCGCCCUCGUUUCGCAGGUCAUCCUCUUCGUCCUCAUCGCUGUCCAGGCCGCCUUGCUGCUCCUGGUCAUCUUGUUCCUCCGACGCUUUGAGAAGAUUUCCAGCGAAGCGAAGAGUAUGGAGAGAGAGGCUCUGCACGGAGAGUCGAGCAACAUCUUGUACGCGCAGAUCAAGGAAAGAGCGAGCCGCCGCUAACUAGCUUUCCAAAUAAUAAUGGUCAGCACAUUGUUAAAGGUGCGUGGGUCAUCUGUCGUGCUGUUAACAACGACCGUCAGAGUCCAGUGAAGUAAAACAAAACUAUAAACAACUUGUUGUUAUUAUUGGUAUUAUAUAUUUUGUUAAUGCAAAUUUCUAGUGUUAUUCCAGUAAAACAUCACACCCCAACCUGCACCAUUUAAAAAUGAUCGCUGUAUGUAAAUGUAGUGUAAGUUACUUGUGUGUAGAGCAGAGUCAGCGUUGCAUUUGAUUAGAAUCUGUCUUUGAAGUCUAAUGGCUCGUGUAAUAUAAAUGUUUCUGCAAAGUAAAUCCGACGCAUUGUCUGUGUCUUACUCCCCCUUGUUGGUUUGGAAGUGUGUGUUUUGUUUUGUUGUCUGAAUAAAUGGCCUGUGUUUGCACUUUUUAAACGAGUUUGUGUCUAACACAGGGGUGGCGUGUGCAUACAUGUUACGGUAUCCAGUCUUUUUCCUUGUUAUCUGCAAUAAAUGGGCCACAUGA